AUUGGCGGGCCGGCUUGCAGGGAAUGUGUUGAUUGGCUGAGGGCGGUGUCCGACGGGGGAAAGUGGGCCAGCGACGGGCUGUGCUGGCGGCCGGUGUGCAGAAGCGAAGGAAAGAGCGGGGACCGAGGUCCGGGGUAGGCCGCAACCAUGGAGGACAGCGGGCUGAUCCCUCCGGACCUGACCCCGGACGAGAGACUGGAGUUGGAGAGCAUCCGCCGGCGGAAGCUAGAGCUGAUGGCUGAGAUCCAGAGGCUGCGGGAUGAGCUCAAGGAGGCCAUGUUUGAGGUGGAAGGGCUGGAGAUCAACGAGGGCAGUAAAACGCUGCAGAGGAGCAAGCAGAUGGCCAUGGGCAGGAAAAAGUUCAACAUGGACCCCAAGAAGGGAAUCCAGUUCCUGGUGGAGAACGAUCUGUUGAAGAAUGUGGCUGAGGAAAUCGCUCAGUUCCUCUACAAGGGCGAAGGGCUCAACAAAACUGCCAUUGGCGAUUACCUCGGGGAGAGGGACGAGUUCAACAUCAAGGUGCUACAUGCAUUCGUGGAGCUGCACGAGUUCACCGACCUCAACCUGGUGCAAGCCUUGCGACAGUUUCUGUGGAGUUUCCGCCUCCCAGGAGAGGCACAGAAGAUUGACCGGAUGAUGGAGGCGUUUGCCCAGAGAUACUGUCACUGUAACCCGGGAGUCUUCCAGUCCACAGAUACCUGUUAUGUUCUCUCCUUCGCCAUCAUCAUGUUGAACACCAGUCUACACAACCCCAACGUCCGGGACAAGCCCACUGUGGAACGCUUCAUCUCCAUGAAUCGUGGCAUCAACGAUGGCGGUGACCUUCCUGAGGAGCUGCUCCGGAACCUCCACGAGAGCAUCAAGAAUGAGCCCUUCAAGAUCCCAGAGGACGACGGCAAUGACCUGACCCACACCUUUUUCAACCCUGACCGGGAGGGCUGGUUGCUCAAAUUGGGGGGCAGGGUGAAGACGUGGAAACGCCGAUGGUUCAUUCUGACGGACAACUGCCUCUACUACUUUGAGUACACAACGGACAAGGAGCCGAGGGGAAUCAUACCAUUGGAGAACCUGAGCAUCCGUGAGGUGGAAGAUCCUAGGAAGCCGAACUGCUUUGAGCUGUACAUUCCCAAUAACCGAGGCCAGCUGAUCAAGGCCUGCAAGACAGAGGCAGAUGGCCGCGUGGUGGAGGGCAACCACAUGGUGUACCGCAUCUCCGCCCCAACUCCCGAGGAGAAGGAUGAGUGGAUCAAGUGCAUCAAGGCAGCUGUCAGCAUCGACCCGUUCUACGAGAUGCUUGCUGCGCGGAAGAAGCGCAUCUCAGUGAAGAAGGUGGAACAGCCCUGAUGAUUGGAGGGGGAGAGGGAGUGGGGAGCUCCCCAGCGAGGAAAGAGAGAGGGAGGGUGACCCUUCGCUCCAUCACCCCACCCCCCCCCCGUCACAGCAGUCAGCCGCUGUCUCGUUUUCAAGGAGUUGGAAGAUGAGACAUUUCAGACGAGAGACCAGUCCCCUGUGGAGGUUCUCCCCUCCCUCCCUUUCAUCUUCCCCACCCGCCUCUCCGUUGCCACCACCUCUGGACUCUCUACAUAUGUGGCUGAGAGAGAGGACGGCCCUAUUCCUUCCCCUGGGCCCCGAACCAUUCUGCACCCCCCACCAACUGCUCUCCUGAGUUGCAAGUGGGGUUGGGUGGGAGGUGGAGAGAGGGUGAGGACUUGGUCUCACUUCCGGAAUUCCGGAAUUUUACAGACUUUUGAUGAUUUAAUGAGCUUCCAGAAUUGUUGAACACUCAUUAUUCUCACUACUGUUGGUAAUUAUUAUUAAUAUUAUUAUUA